CAUUUCUGUAGUAUUUCUUCUUAUUGUUGUUCUUAUUUUUGUUACCACAGAGUCGACUGACCAAGGAACAGGUGAAAGUUCCUUAACCUCAAAAUUGUUAAUUACGAAAAUCUUGUGUGAAUGUCUUCUCCGGUGAAAAAUUGUCGCCCUAAAAAUGUUUAGAAUAGUUUUUAUAAGGAAGCUGCCUUCAUCGGGAUCAAUCAAGAACAAAUCUAUUGCAAAACUAUGCAGACGCUAUUCUAAACAAACCCCACCUGAUAUUUGCCCUCCACCACCCGCAUCCAAGUCCAGUUCGGGAGGUAAAUAUACAUUAGGGGCACUUGCUGUGAUAACGGGUGCUACAAUAGGUUACGCCAAAUAUGAUCCCGAAUUUCGUUAUUGGUUGAAACAACAAGCCCCCUUUACUGAUGACAUACUUAAAUUUAUAUUCCAAGAAGAUGUGUCAUUGUUUGAUAAACUGAAAGAUCUCCUUAAAGGUGGCCAUAAAAGGGGUGCUGAAGAAACCACUAAGGAGAUUACGUACGAUCCACCUCCAUCUGUCUUUGCCGGAGUUAAGCCUCCCAGUGACCCCACUUACAAAGAAGUAAGACUGGAGUGCAAAGAAGACGAAGAGUCAGAACCCUCUGUAACAAUAGUCAAUAAGAAACCGGGUCCUGAAGGGCGUUUACCGGACACCCAUCCAAAGAAUAUCGAAGACUUGGAGGUGCAAUUGGGCGAGGCAGCUUCCCAAGCCGUUCAGUGGUACAACAGAGCGACAACUGCUGUUAAAAACUUCAACCGUGAAGUCGAGGUGGUCGUCGAAUACUCGAUUGACCGCCUUGAUCAAAAAACAUGGGACAACCUUAAAGAGAAGAGCAGGAAGAAAGAAGAAGCCAUUAGAGAGGCUGAGAGAUGCGCCGAAGAAGCUCUCAAAGAUCUCAAGAAACUUCGCAACAUUCUGGAUCGCCCAGAGAUAACCGCUCCUGAAGAUAUCAAGAGACUCGCGCGAAAAAACGCCGACAGGGUCGAAAAUGACAUCAAAAAGGCCAAAGAAGAAUUCGAAGAUCAAAUAAGAGCCUCCAGUGUAACUGAAAAGUAUUGGGACAAAGUUGAACAGGCGCGAAAGCAUUUUAUAGAUGAACUUGAAAUCUUAUUCCCGUCUAUCAAAAUCCAUGAGAAGAAACUCGAACUGUCGGCUACAGAUUUGGACCUUUUUAUUCUACACGCCUUCUCCAACGUCCUAUUCUUUCAGAAAGAGCUGGCGCGUGCCCAAACUGUUGGAGAGAAGAAAUUACAGGACGCUAUAACUAGAGGGGGCGCCGAAGAACUAGCCAACGCCCAAGUGCAGCAUCAACUGGAAAUAGAGAAACAGAAACUUUUCCUUGACUAUGAAAAACGGUGCUUAUGUUUGAGAAAUGAAGCUGAAAAGGAGCUUCGAAGGCAACUCAAGCUGCAGUCAGAGGCAUUUGCAGAUCAUCUGGAUGAGGCAUUAAAAAUUAGAGAAGCCGAACUUUUGAGAGAAUUUAACAGAAAAAUGGACGAGAAAUUGCAAGAAGAACAUGCAAAGUACAAAAAACAAUUGGCUGCCAUUGUAGGGCGACUAAAAGGCAUGGACGACGCCCUUAAAGCUCAACAAAACCAAGAGCGUAUUACAAGAAAAGCACAGACUUUAUGGGGCGCUUGUCAGGCCUUGUAUCGUUCCCUAAAGUCUGGAUGUCCUGGCCUGCCGUGGCAUCAACAGUUACGCCCCUUAAAAGCUGAGGUUACAGCAGUUCAAAAGGCUGCAGACCCUGAAGACGAGUUGGUCUGCGCAGUUCUGAACGGUAUCCCAGAGGAAGCUACGAAGAGGGGCGUGUACUCAGAAGAUGCUUUGCGAGAGAGGUUCUUAAAGGUGGAAAAAAUGGCGCGACAACUGUCCCUUGUUCCAGAAUCGGGUGCCAACUUGCCCCUGUAUCUUCUUUCCUUUUUACAAUCCAUGCUUUUGGUUAACGCACCCAAUCCAAUACCUCAGGCCGAAUUGGACGACGAUCCAACCGAUUUUAGUAAAUUAUGUACAAACGAUAUUCUACAACGAGCAAGGUAUUGGUUAGAUAGAGGCGAUUUCGCACAGGCGCUUAAGUACAUGAAUUUACUGAAAGGGGCUAGUCGUGGGGUGUCCAGGGAAUGGAUGAAUGAGACCAGGAUAUUCUUGGAGACCCAGCAGGCCGCUACGACGUUAAUGGCGCACGCGGUAGCCAGUGGACUGGCGGUCCUUUAAGUAUAGCGUUUUGUGUCCGCGCGCGAGCGUUUUUUCAUUAUUAUAUAAUUGAUUAUAUAUUUUUUUCCUUAAUGUUAUUAGUCAGUUUUUGAUAGACUGCGC